UCGUACAUAAUAAUCAAACAAUCAAGUGUUGAUUGGGUCAGAGUGAUCACGUGGUCAGAUUAAAACCUUGUUUGAGACAAGUUAAAACAUCUAUCAUGGGUUUCCUCCAGCCUACUCGGCAAUAUAUAGAAUCAGCUACAUAUAUUUAUAGCAAUGAGCAUGUUAUUAUUUCUCUAUUUGCCAUUAUGCACUGUACUAGCUAGCCCGACUUCACGCUGUUACWCAUGUGUUAUAACAGCGUUUCUAGGUUUUACUUGGAAUCACUGGACGGUAAAGUUCCGUGACCGUGCCGUGACCCGUCACGUUGCAUGCACAGUCAUACUAAAUCACUGUUAUGAUGUAAAUAGUUUUUUAUGUAUAUUAUUUCUCUGUUCACUUUUUUCAAUAGUCCUUUAUGGCAGCUGGUUUGAUCACGUGUUGGGAUGGUGGGCUCAUCGUGACGACUCCAACAUUUUGAUUCUAAAAUAUGAAGACAUGAAAAUGAACUUGGUUGAUACUAUWAAAAAGAUAGCAGAAUUUCUUGGCAAGGAAAUAUCGCCAGACUUGGUGAACCGCAUUGCUGACCAAACCACCUUUGCUGCUAUGGCCGGUGAAAACAGCAAAGGCAGAUAYUUUGAUGAUGAAGAAAUCGAARCGAAAUGGCGAGUACCUGGAGCUGUGAAGUUUAUGCGCAAAGGAGAAAUAGGAGACUGGCGAAACUACUUCACUGAGGAACAAAACAAACGAUUUGAUGACUUGUAUGAAAAGAGAAUGGCGGGAAGUGGACUGACAUUCCCCCUCCCCCUCGCUGCUGCAAAGAUAUAAUUUUUUGCAAAGAUAUGAUUUUUUUAGUGGUUUUAAAAUAAUUAAAAAAAAAUUCUCUCGAUGGUAUAUACUCAUCCUGAGAAUUGCUUGUAGAGCGUAAUUCUCUCUCUUACCAAACGUUUAUGAGAGAUGACAUUCAUAGCGGGUACAUAGAUGAGCUCACCAUUUAUUCAAUUUACAGCAAAUCGUUUUGAUUUGACAUCUAUUUGCUUAGUUAUUAUUUCGUAAAAGCAUCACAGUAGAUUAGAGUGAGUGCACCUGCUUAGCGUGAAACACUAAUUACUAAAUUGUACAAAAUAGUGCUAGUUGAACAUGGUUGAUGAACAAACGAAAAAAA